AUGGAGCCAGCAAGAAAGAGGAGAACUUCUCCUGUCUGGGAGCAUUUUGAAUUGGUUGCUCAUAACAAGGUGAAAUGUUUGCUGUGCCACAAAGAGCUGACUUACAGCAACAACAUCUCCUCCAUGCUUAGGCAUUAUCGUGCAAUGCAUGAGGAUGCGCAACCUGCUGCAAACAGACCAGACACUAGUCAAAAUUACAGAAAGAAAAUGGUGGAUGAGGCUUUGGUUGAACCCUUUUCUGUUGUGGAUGACGUGGGGUUUAGAGAGCUAGUGCAUGUGCUGGAUCCAUCCUAUGUUCUUCCAACAAGAAAGGCUUUGAAGUCCAUGGUUGAUAGCAGGUAUGAGGAGGCUAAGGAGAAGGCCAAAGAGAAGUUGGACAAUGUUGUUGCUGUUAGCCUUACGUCCGACAUGUGGACAUCGAUAAACAUGGAGGCUUACCUGGCUGUGACAUGUCAUUUCAUUGAUGCCAAUGACCAGCUUGGGACAAUCCUGCUUGGGGUGCAACAUUUCCCAAACACCCAUACAGCAGAGAACUUGGCUAUUUCUCAUACUAUGGUCAUGGAGGAGUGGGGCAUAAAGGACAAGGUGAGAAAGUCUUUCGACGAUGUACCAGACUUAAAUCAGCUUCGCACCAAAUGUAGGAAGCUUGUUACCUACUUCAGGACCAGCACAACAGGCAAAGAAAGACUGGCCCAAGUGCAGGUGCAGAUGGGGAGACCAACUCUAAAAAUGAUUAUUGAGGUGGACACCCGUUGGAACAGCACAUACAGCAUGCUGGAAAGGAUGUACGACCUGAGAGAGCCAGUGGGGGCACCUUUGGCCUCUUUAAGGACAGAUGUAAGCCCUCCUUCUUCAUUGGAAUAUGACACCAUAAAAGAUGCUCUUGAAAUACUGGUCCCAUUCCACCAGGCCACAGUAGAGCUUUCUGCAGAGAAAAUAGUGUCAGCAUCAAAGGUUAUUCCCCUACUGAAGAUGCUAAACCACACCAUUUUAACAAAAUCAGAGGGCUUAACAUCAAAUAUGGCGAGGCAGCUGGCUGACAACCUUGUCCGUCGCGUCAGAGAGCAUGCAUUGCAAAUGGAAUCAAUAAGUGUGAUGACAAUGCCUACAUUGCUGGACCCUAGGUUCAAAAAACUAGGCUUCCUAAGUCCAGGGAAGCUACAAGAUGCCAUCACAAGACUAAAGUCAGAAUGUGUGAAUGUGAUAAGAAAUUCUGAUACCCCACCCACAGCUCAGCUGCCUGCCUCACAAGCUGGGCAAUCUACAACCUGUGGUGACCUUUGGCAUCUGCUGGACACCACAGUGGAUAACAGCAGACGGAGCUCCAGUGUGACCGCAGAUGGAACAAUUGAAGUCGAUCGUUAUUUGUCAGAGACAAAUCUGGCAAGGACAGAGGAUCCAUUGGGAUAUUGGAACAAACAGAAGCUCCAAUAUCCCAAUUUAUAUAAGCUGGCACUGACCUUCCUGUGUUGUCCAGCAUCAUCGGUGCCCUGUGAAAGGGUGUUUUCUAAGGCUGGAGAGGUGGUUUCUAAAAAGAGAAACCGCCUCAAUCCAAAUACUGUGAAAAAACUUUUGUUUUUAAAUAAAAACCAGUAA